UAUCAGCUUAUUUGAUACACGAAUAUCUGAUUAGAUUCUGUCUUAUUAGUUUUUGUCAUGCAGCUCUUUUCCUGCUUAUCCAGUGACUGAGCGAAACAGACCCGAUCAAGAUAAGGCCAGGAAUUUAGUGGCUCCAGUUGGGCACCGAUUUUUGGCCUUGCCACCGGCAGCUCCGCCACUCCUGUCCUCGUCCCCCAUGGCUUCCAUCUUGGGAUCGCCAGCUUUCCUCAUUCGCCCAUUCACAAAGCCACAGCUCGCGUGCUCGCAACCACCCCGCUCUCAGUCUCAGUCUCAGCCGCCUCCGGUCGAAUCCCAAUCCCAACCCCAACCGCUGGCGCAGCCUUCGACGGCUACUCCACCCCCUCCGGCCCCUCAGCAGAAGCCCAAGUUGGGCUCCGACUCUACCGACUGGAUCACCUCGAGCUUGACCAGGCGGUUCGGCCUCGGUGCCGGCCUCGCGUGGGUCGGAUUCCUCGCCGCUGGCGUCGUCUCCGAGCAGAUCAAGACGCGCUUCGAGGUCUCUCAAGAGCAAUCCAACACCAAAGUCCUGGACAAGGAGGAGGAAGUGGUGCUACCAAAUGGCAUCAGGUAUACUGAACUGAGAGUGGGCGGCGGCGGUUCGCCGAGGCCAGGGGAUCUGGUGGUGAUUGACCUCCAGGGUAAGGUGGUCGGCGCCGUCGAAGCGUUCGUGGAUACAUUUGGAGAAGGGAAGAGGCCCCUGGCAUUGGUCAUGGGCUCCAGGCCUUACACCAAGGGGAUGUGCGAGGGCGUCGAGUACGUGCUGAGGUCGAUGAAGGCCGGGGGGCAGCGGAGAGUGACUGUGCCGCCGGCACUGGGCUUCGGGGACGAAGGCGCCGACUUGGGCUCCGGAGUAACAAUCCCUCCCGCCGCCACGCUUGAGUUCGUCGUGCAGGUGGAUAAGGUCUCCAUUGCGCCUUCUUGAGCUCGAUAUGGCUCCAUCCAUAGCAUUGCGCCUUCGUCAAUGUGGCUUGCGACUGUUUAAAUCGCGCUCAUAGAUUAAUGAGAAGCGAAAACUUAAUGCAUUAUCAGAAAUUACUAUCGAAUAUGAAUUGCUUGUCUAUUAUGUUAACAAGCAAGAUUGUUCUAUGAAAUGUCAUGGAAAGAUCGUUUAAGGCACUUAAAAAAACAUUGUUAUUUAGUGGAAGUGGAACUAAAGUUUUAUUGGUGCAGAUUA